GCUUGACAAAACCACUCAAACUCUUUCUUCAAUGUUCCUUUUUCUGCUUCUGCCUAGUUUCGUCCUUGCUCAGCACAAAUGCUGGUUCGAAGGCUUUACAUGGGAUCACAAAGCUCCAUCCAUUCCGGGUGUUCCCGGUAACAUACUAAAGAAAAUAAAGGAGGACACGGGAAAAGAGAUUGACGGGACGCAACAAGUGCUGAUAAUACAAAUGGAAGUGCCCGAAAAUAUGAAGUCUUUCCUUCUGGUAGCUGCAAAAGCAAAAAACGAACCGAGAAAAUACUGUUUUGUGGGACAUGCAGGCCACACUGUUGUUUUCUCGUUCAAAAUAGGCAAAAAAUGCAUACGCCUCCUAAGGAAAGACUGUUAUAACAAAGGACUUAGUAAAGAGUUUAUGGGCAGGUUCAUCCAAUGGCUAAGAAACCGAAAAAUAUAAAUAUAGCUUAUAUACAAAUUAUAUAUUUUGUUUUGAACGUGUUAGAAUGAAUAUUUGACUUUUGUUGGUGGAUUCUUCUCUUUAUCUUUGCGAUAUUGUAGUUUGAUGAGUGCCAUGAAAAUUUCGCGAACAAA